CUGACCCCGGGCCUCCUCUGGACUUGGACCACAGUCCCAGGCUCAGGUCUGGUCAACCCUCCCGACUCUCCUCUCCUCCGCCCCGGGUGUCCUCCUUCCUCUCCCCGGUCACUCCACCCCGGGCAUCCUCCCUCUUCUCCCGGGCCUCCUCCUCGCCCCGGACACCCCUGAGUCCUGCCCCCGCUGGCCCUCGCUCCAGGCUGGACCCCUCAGGCCCCGGGACCAUGUACUACCUGCAGCUGGACAAAGAGCCGCUGUACCCGGCUCAGAGUCGCUUCGUGGCUCCUCCUCAGUACCAGGACUUCGCCGCGUAUCACCACGCUCACCCCGGGCUCAGCGAGGCUCCUCCGGCUCCACAGCCCGCGCCCGGCCCCUGGAGCACGGCCUACGCUGCUCCUCCGCCCCGGGACGACUGGUCCUCUCACUACGGCCACGGACACGCCGCUCCGCCCGCAGCCGCCGGGCCGCAGCCUCCUCCUGUCUCCGCCUCGGUGGCUCCGGGCCUCGGCUUCAGCCCCGCAGAUUACCCCGGGCCUCCUCCGCCGCUGCUGCCCCCCUCUCUGAGCUCCUCGGGCGGCCUGAGCUCGUCCUCCGGGCCGCUGUCCCCGGGCUCCCCGCAGAGACGGACCCCGUACGAGUGGAUCCGCCGCAGCGCCCCGCCCAGCAACCCCAACGGUAAAACCAGGACCAAGGACAAGUACCGCGUGGUCUACACCGACCACCAGAGAUUAGAGCUAGAAAAAGAGUUCCACUACAGCAAAUACAUCACCAUCAGGAGGAAGGCAGAGCUCGCAUCUGCGCUCAGCCUAUCAGAGAGACAGGUGAAGAUUUGGUUCCAGAAUCGUCGCGCCAAAGAACGAAAGAUCAACAAGAAGAAACAGCAGCAGCCGGCGUCCUCCACCACCACGGCCACGCCCCCAGGCAACGCAUCCCUCACCCCUGGCAACAGCAGCGCCAUGGUGACCAGCAGCAUCAGCAUCAAGGAGGAGUUCUGAUUCGACGCCGCGGCUCCCGCUGACCGACGGCUCUCCACUGAGUUUAACCUGCGCAGGGUCCUGAGGGAGGGCGGAGCAAAGAACAGCCACAACCACAUCCAAACUGUACUCGAGUAGCAUAAAACUACUCCAAAGACUCCAACGUGAGACAAUACACGGAACUGUCCCUUUAUGAAACACGUCCUCUGCAUUUGACCCAUCCUUCAGCGUCUCUGGGUGAAACCUCUGUGGACCAUAGACUGUAUAAUCAAAGUGACGUCACCCGCAGUGUUUAGCUCCAAAUGACGCUCAUCGAGGCUAGCGGCUAAUCUGGAGCCCAGUUCCAUAUUUGGAAUUUCGACUGCAAGUAUCAUAGCAACCAAAGAGCCAAUCUGGAGUGAGGCUGUUGAUGGUGACGCCCCUUCCCGCUCGCACCGCUGGUUUGACAAGAAGCGGGCGCUUAGUAACGAUUUUAAUCAAACUAACUGCUAGCUGGAGUCACCUCAGGGAAAGAAGGACCUGAUUUGUCUGUUAUUAAUGUUCAUAUCUUGAUUUACAGACACAAUAGUGAAAUAAAAACCCCAGGAUCAUGUAGAGGGUUAAUACGAACAUUUAAGACCAAAACGAGUCUGACAGCAGCGGCUAUAGUGAGAGGGGACACCGUUUUUCAAUAGAAAAGGAACUGGAACCUGAAGCAGGCCUACGCUCACUUCCUGUUUGGAACGCAGCGGCUAGCAGGUUGGCUAUGUCCAUUUAUAUAUACAGUCUAUGGCCCAGACACAGGGAGAACAUGCAAACUCCACCCAAAGACCACAUGCAAUCCAAGAAUCGAACCACGGACCUUCUGUAGGAGUGGCACAGACGGGUCAGCCCUUUGUCCCCCGUUCCAGUGACAUUCUGACCCCUAGUGGCCGCUCAGAGAGACUGCAGAUCUGAACCUGGACUCUGGAGCAGCUCUCGUGUUGUGGACUGGAGCCAAAAUGGCAUCAAACUUGAACUGAUUUCUCCUACAAUUGGGAGUAAAACUAUAAGUCUGCAGUGGGAUUCCAACCUGGUUUUUAUCCUGGUUUAGUCCUAGGUUAGACCCGAAUGUUUUAGACCUGGUUUAGACCUGGUUUAGUCCUGGUUUAGUCCUGGUUUAGACGUGGCUUGGACCUGAUUUUGAGCAGGUCUAGACUCUCCCUCUGUGUGAUUCCUCUCACCUUUCUGCAUGUUUGUUUGUUAGCAGCUUUAGCGUCUAGCCUUAUUCUAACUUCCUGAGUGCUCCGGCCGAGUCCUUGCGCCCUCUGCUGGAAAACACUGUAGCUUUCUCUUACCAAAAAAUCAGGACUGCUCAGGUUUUCACUUUCAGAAAUAUAAAAAAUAGAAGUUAUAAAUGUGAAGCUAAAGCCCAAAAGACAAGUGCAUACUUUUCUGAAUCACCCUUCACAAAAUGGCCGACACUGUGGCUUGUGCCUUAAAUGACAAGUUUUUACUGUUUUUGUAAAAGAGUGAAUGUUUUGACCAAUCAGAGCGCGCCUCAGCGUCAUGUGACCAAAUGAAUGUAAAAUGUGAUUUUUAUAAAUGUGUAAAUUUACUGUAAUUUGCUUAAACUAAAGAUUUAUUUAAACUGAA